GAGUGAUGACUGAUAAGAAAAGAUCAAAGGCAAUAAUAGUGGGAGGUAGCAUAGCAGGAGUGUCCUGCGCGCGCACACUCAUCUCAGCAGGCUGGGACGUGGUUGUGCUUGAAAAGUCCUAUGCACCCCCGACCGGAAGCCCAACCGGAGCUGGUCUGGGGCUUGACCCUUCGUCUCAGCACCUCAUUCACACCUGGACUAAUCAACCACAACUUCUCCACAACUCUACUUUACCCCUUACUAUUGAUCAGAACCAAGCAACUGACAGUGAGAAGAAGGUAAGCUGGACUUUGACAAGAGAUGAUGAGUACAACUUCAGAGCAGCAUAUUGGGCUGACCUUCAUGGCAUUGUGUAUAAAGAUCUUCCAUCUGAAAUAUUCUUUUGGGGUCACCUUUUCCUAUCAUUCUCCAUUUCUAGUGAUAAAAAAUCAGUGAAAGUCAAGGCUAAAAAUCGUCAAACUGAAGAUACCAUUGAGAUGGUUGGAGAUUUGCUUGUUGCAGCUGAUGGGUGUCUCUCUGUAUUCCGUUUAAGUUUCCUCCCGGAACUAAAAUUGAGGUACUCAGGGUAUUGUGCCUGGAGAGGGAUACUUGACUUUUCAGGGAAUGAGAAUUCAGACACCAUCAUAGGCAUCCGAAAAGCUUACCCUGAGCUGGGCAAAUGCUUGUACUUCGAAUUGGGUUCUGGAACUCAUGCAGUGAUAUACGAACUACCCCAGAAAAAAUUGAACUGGGUUUGGUACAUAAACCAACCAGAACCCCAGUUGAAGGGAAAAUCAGUUACUAUGAAAGUAAGCAACGACAUGAUUCAGAAGAUGCACCAAGAAGCAGAGAAGACCUGGGGUCCUGCUUUGGUUAAAGUAAUUCAAGAAACUUUUAAGCCUUUUGUGAAUGUGAUAUACGACAUUGAUCCUUUAAAACGACUCGUUUGGGACAAUGUGGUUUUGGUAGGCGAUGCAGCUCACCCUACUACUCCUCACGGGUUGAGAAGCACCAACAUGUCGCUGUUGGAUGCAGCGGUCCUUGGCGGCUGUCUGGACAAGUGGGGAGUUGACAGAUUGGAAUCAGCUCUGGAGGAAUAUCAGUCCAUUCGUUUGCCAGUUGUUUCUAAGCAAGUUCUGCACUCUCGGCGAAUGGGAAGAAUAAAACAAGGCUUGGAUCUUGAAGAUCGCCAGCCUUUUGACCCUAGGACUGCUUCUUCUAAGGAAUGUGAGGAGCUGCAACAGAAGAACAUGCCCUUCUUUGCUGCUGAUGUUCCCUUCUUUGCUGGUUGAUGGAUGUUAUACUUAUACUUACUAAAUAGUACAAGGAGUUACUGGCAAUCGAAGCUUAAAGAUUAGUUUUUGUGAUUGAAUGUCUAAAGACAAAAUAAAAGAAACCAAAAGCUUUGACCUCCAUUAGUCUAUCGUUGUUAUGUAUCUUAUAUAUUCUGUGGCAUGUUUGCCUAAAGUAGCCAAAAGCCACAGCUUAAAAUAAUAAAAGAGAAGGGACUUUCUUUUUAA